UGACAUUUGCAUUGUAAAACUGCCACAGGUUGAUUGCUGAUGUGAUUUUAUCGAACGAAAAAUAAAGCGUUUUCUGCUGCUCUUUCACGUUUUUCAAAGUAAAAUUAGCGUCCAAUGUGAUUAGUUUGUGCACUAAACCUACAGGAUGCCACCAACAAUUCAGAACGGCUCAAAUGGAGCCGAUAAGAGACCGGUUGCUCGUCCACAAGACAAAAGAUCCGAACUGAUCACCCGCCUCAAGUUCUGCAACACUCUACCAGAUAUUCCGUUUGAUCUCAAGUUCAUUACGUACCCGUUCGAAAACGACCGAUUCAUACAAUACAAGCCAACCUCGCUGGAACGGAACUAUCGGUACGAAGUUCUGACGGAGCAUGAUCUGGGCGUGACGAUUGAUUUGAUUAACCGAGAUCUGUACCAAAUCGACCAUCUGGCCCAGCUGGAUCCGGCCGAUGAAAAGCUGCUGGAGGAAGACAUCCAUACGCCGCAGGAUUCGAAGCGCAGUAGUCAGCAUGCAAAGUCUGUGUCCUGGUUGCGGAAGUCUGAAUACAUUUCUACGGAGCAGACCCGUUUCCAGCCGCAAACUAUGGAGAAGGUGGAGGCGAAGGUUGGUUUCAAUGUUAAGCAAAGUUUGCGCGAGGAGACACUGUACAUGGACCGAGAGGCACAAAUCAAGGCCAUCGAGAAUACCUUCGAUGAUAAUAAGAAGGAAAUUAAGAUUCAUUACAGCAAGCCGGGUGUUACGGCGGUGGAAGUACUGCCGGUAUUUCCGGAUUUCGCCAAUUGGAAGUAUCCAUGCGCUCAGGUCAUUUUCGAUUUCGAUCCAGCUCCGAUCGGUAAAAACAUUCCGGCUCAGCUUGAGGAAAUGUCCCAGGCUAUGAUUCGCGGUGUGAUGGAUGAAAGUGGCGAACAGUUUGUGGCUUACUUCCUGCCGAUUGAGGAGACAUUAGAAAAGAGACGACGGGAUUUGGCCAAUGAGACGCUGUACGAAGACGAGGAAGAGUACGAGUACAAGAUGGCUCGUGAGUACAACUGGAACGUCAAGAGCAAAGCUUCUAAAGGUUACGAGGAAAAUUACUUCCUGGUGCUUCGACAGGAUGGAGUCUAUUAUAAUGAGCUGGAGACAAGAGUACGUUUGAGCAAACGUCGUCAGAAGGCUGGCCAACAACCGAACAAUACUAAACUCGUGGUUAAACAUAGACCGUUGAAUGCGCCGGAACAUCGCAUGCAGCGUUAUCGUGAACGUCAACUGGAACCACCCGGCGAAGACGAUGAAGAGGAUGUGGAGGAAGAAGAGGAGGAGGAAGAUGACAUGGAAGAAGAGCUCCAAGAAACUCAGGAGGAGGACGACAAACAACUCGAGCAAGAAGAAGAUGGUCAGGGCGAGGGCGACAGAAGUCGCUCGGGCAGUCGUUCCCGAUCCCAAUCACGUAGCGGUUCUGAGCGUUCUGGUUCCGGAUCUCGCUCGCGAUCACGUUCUGGCUCACGUUCUCGCUCGGGAUCAGGCAGCAGAUCCCGCUCAGGCAGCCGUUCACAGAGUGGUAGUCGUAGCCGUAGUGCUUCCCGUUCAAGAUCAAGAUCGCAUUCCGGUUCCCGUAGCCGCUCGGGAUCCAGAUCAAAAAGCAGGUCUAAAUCGAGAUCUCGCUCGGGAUCGAGAUCCCAUUCCGGUUCGAGAAGCCGGUCCGGUACCCCGGCAUCGGGUGGAGGAUCACGCAGUCGUUCUGGGAGUCGUUCCGGAAGCGAACGCAAAUCGGGCAGCGAGUCGGAAUAAAGUGAACUACGCGUUUAUUUUUCAUUAUUACUUUCAUGUAUGACGAUUGAUACCGGAAAUAAAUCCCACUAAAACUAAACUAGCUCAAAA